AUGCUGAGCUCAAAGCACCAAAGGGAAGAGAUAAGUUAUAAGGAAAAUGUCAUUCAAUUACUAUUGGUGCUUCUUAAUGUUUCUAUCAGAUUGUAUUCAGCUUUAUAUAUGAUUAUAUCAGAUUGCGAUGAAACGUUCAACUAUUGGGAGCCAUUGAAUAUGUUGACCAGAGGAUUUGGCAAAGAAACUUGGGAAUAUUCGCCUGAAUAUGCAAUUAGGUCUUAUGCUUAUUUGAUACCCUAUUAUAUAUUAUCAUAUCCCGUUAACUACUUGGUUGAGUUUUUGGGCCUCCCAUCGUAUUACGUGUUCUACUGGAUAAGAAUAGUUGCAUUGUGUGGAUUUACUUGCUUUACCGAGAUCCAUUUGUUCAACUCGAUUAAAGGAGCCUACAGUAAGAGAAUUGCUUACUGGUUUUUAUUUUUGACUUCAGUAGCACCUGGAAUGUCUCAUGCUGGGGUCGCGUUAUUGCCGUCUUCUUUUGCAAUGAACUGUGUUACCAUGGCUACUUCUGAUGCUUUAUCAAGCAUGACCAGGAAGAGAAGUACGUACUAUUCAAUAAGAACUUUUACGUGGUUUAUUUUGGCGGGCGUUGUUGGCUGGCCCUUUUCGAUGGCACUAGCAAUUCCAUAUGGUUUAUAUGUCCUUCUGUCACUUUCAUUUAGAGACAUCUUUUCGAUAAUUGGCGGAUCAUUGAUAUCCAUGGCCCUAAUAGUAUGCCUGACCUUAUUAAUAGACUCAUACUUUUAUCAAGAAGUGACAGUGGUUCCAUUGAACAUUGUGCUUUAUAAUGUUUUCGGAGGUGAAGGUGUUGGUCCUGAAAUAUUUGGCGUUGAGCCUUUUCUGUAUUAUGUAUUAAACCUAUUGUUGAAUUUCAACGCUAUAUCAAUAUUAGGUUACGUUGCAAUACUAUUGAAUGGUUUUUUUUACCACAGAAAUGCAUUUAAAAAGACAUUAAUUGGGUCAAGCUUGCCAUUGUUGAUAUGGUCAUUCAUAUUUGGCAUUCAGGCUCAUAAAGAAGAAAGGUUCCUUUAUCCAAUAUACCCCUUUAUCAUACUCAAUGCAUCAUUGUUGCUCUCAAAAUUACUACCCUUUAGCGUUCUAAUCGCUAAAAAAACAAUCGGAGGAAAAGUGAAUUCAAGUGUGUUGAGUAAGCUCGUCCAUGUUUUGUUUGCAUUUUUGAUUGGUAUGGUAUCAGUACUCCGCAUAAUUAAUUUAGUUGAGAAUUAUAGCGCCCCUUUGUAUACGUAUUCUGCUCUUAAUGGGUUGUCCAAGACUGAUGAGCUCACUAAUGUCUGCACUGGAAGAGAGUGGUAUCACUAUCCCAAUUCUUUUUUCAUGCCAGAUAACUACCGUUUGAGAUUUGUGAGAAGUGGAUUCGAUGGAUUGUUACCGGGAGAUUUCGAAGAGUGUGAGGGUAGCUGGAUAGAAGCUUCGUCUAGAAUUCCCCUCGACAUGAAUAAUAUGAACCAGUUUUCAGAAUCAAAGGUAAUCGAUUUCAAAAGCUGCGAUUAUUACAUUGAUAAUUCACAGUUAACUGAUGAUAAGGAGCCCAGUAUCAUAAAAAUAGAUGGCAAUAAAAAAUCGGUGAAGGAAGGAUGGACAAUAAAGACCUGUAAUAAAAUAAUUAACCCUAGUGGAAAAAGCUCUGUAUUGGGUAAGCAACUUUGGCUACCUGAGAUAAUUAGGAAAUUUGUACCCUACGAGAUUGAUUACAUGGACUUUUGCCUAUUGCAUAAAGAUAAGCCUUCAUUAUAG